AUGUUGGAAUGGAAAAAACCGACAGCAAUUGUGGUGAAUAUUCCCACAUUUGUACCAGUACCUGUUGAAGCUGACCCCAAAGAUUUUCCUAUCGUACAAUUAUUGAGACAAAAAAGAGAUUUUGGCAUUACAUCAGCUAUAAUCACUGCCAUUACUGUUUCUGCUGCAGCUGCAGGGACUGCAGGUAUUGCCAUGGCCAAUCAAGUGCAAACAGCCUCAGUUAUUAGUCAUAUUACUGAAAAGGCAUCUGAUGCACUUGAGACAGGUCUACUGACAUUCAUUGAUGUGGCUAUAGAGUUCUCUAAGGAGGAGUGGGAAUGUCUCAGUUCUGCUCAGAAGGCCUUGUACAGAGAUGUCAUGUUGGAGAAUUACAACAACCUGGUUUCUGUGGGUGUUACACUUUCAAAACCAGAGUUAAUCAUCUGUCUUGAACAACAAAAAGAGCCCUGGAUUGUUGAUCGAGAGAAAACAGAAGGAAGAGAACCAGCUCACCAAAGCAUCCAUAAAAGAGACAAACCUUACAAAUGUAAAGAAUGUGGAAAAUCUUUCUCCUGUUUCUCAAGGCUUAAAGUUCACCACAGAAACCAUACUGGAGACAAGUCUUACAAAUGUAAUGAAUGUGGAAGAUCCUUCUCCCAUUCAUCAUGUCUUAGAGUUCACCACAGAAUCCAUACAGGAGACAAUCCUUACAAAUGUAAAGAAUGUGGAAGAUCCUUCUCCCAUUCCUCAAGUCUUAGAGUUCACCACAGAAUCCAUACAGGAGACAAGCCUUACAAAUGUAAUAAGUGUGGUAAAUCAUUUACACAGUCCUCAGAUCUUAAAAUUCACUACAGACUCCAUACUGGAGACAAACCUUACAAAUGUAAUAAGUGUGGUAAAUCAUUUACGCAGUCCUCACAACUUCAUGUUCACUACAGAAUUCAUACUGGUGAGAAACCUUACAAAUGUCAUGAAUGUGGGAGAUCAUUCACCUAUUCCUCAAGUCUUAGAGUUCACCACAGAAUUCAUACAGGAGACAAACCUUACAAAUGUACUGAAUGUGGGAAGUCUUUUGCCCAUUCCUCAAGUCUUAGAAAUCACCACAGAAUCCAUACAGGAGACAAGCUUUACAAAUGUAAUAAAUGUGGUAAAUCAUUUACACAGUCCUCACAACUUCAGAUUCACUAUAGAAUUCAUACUGGUGAGAAACCUUUCAAAUGUACUGAAUGUGGGAAGUCUUUCACUCGUUCUUCAUAUCUUAAAGUUCACCACCGCAUCCAUACUGGAGACAAACCUUACAAAUGUACUGAAUGUGGGAAGUCUUUCACCCGUUCUUCAUAUCUUAAAGUUCACCACCGCAUCCAUACUGGAGACAAACCUUACAAAUGUACUGAAUGUGGAAAGUCUUUCACCAGUUCUUCAUAUCUUAAAGUUCACCACAGCAUCCAUACUGGAGACAAACCUUACAAAUGUAAUGAAUGCGGAAAAUCUUUUGCCCAUUCCUCAAGUCUUAGAAAUCACCACAGAAUCCAUACAGGAGACAAGCUUUACAAAUGUAAUAAGUGUGGUAAAUCAUUUACAAAAUCCUCACAACUUCAUGUUCACUACAGAAUUCAUACUGGAGAGAAACCUUACAAAUUCAAUGAAUGUGGGAAAUCCUUCACCAGUUCUUCCAGUCUUAGAGAUCACCACAGCAUCCAUAAUAGAGACACACCCUACAAAUAG